AUGACUGCAGGCCGCCGCCGCUGGUGCAAAGCUCUGCUGCUCAGACUCCCCGGCAUCAACUCCGUGCACCGCCAGAAGUUGCAGCGUGACCAAGACAAGGCCGCCUUCUACGCACGCCACUCCGCAUACGAGGUUCCUUCUCCCCCGGACCACGACGCCCACGACCGCCGCGAUCCGCACCCCCAUCCCCGGGACCCCCAUCUCCGCUACUCGGACUACCUCGACCUGAUCCUCCAGAGGGUCGACGACGAACUCGGCCGCCACCAUGGACGCCGCGAGAUGGCCGACUACCUCAACGUCGGCCAGGACGUCAAGCCCCUCAUCGAGAAGGACCAGCAGGACGAGAUCCUCAAGAAGCUCAUCAUCGCCUCGGCCGCCCUCAACAUGGUCCCCGAGCGCGAGUUCACCGCCUCCUACAACCUGCUGGUCUACCUCGUCCUGCAGUCCAAGAACCCCAACAUGUUCCUGUCCCGCGUCUGCGACAACCUGGUCAAGCCCGUCACCUCGUCGCCCCAGAACGGCCCCGGCCUCGCCCUCGGCACCCUCACCAACAUCUUCAACAUGCUGAAGCCCGACGACGAGACCCGCUACCACGUCUUCUCCGCCAUCGUCCGCUUCACCAAGCUCAACGGCCUGUUCGACCAGCUGAAGAAGUACCUGCCCAAGCUCGAGUCCUGGGUGCAGGAGUGGGACAUCGACGAGGAGGACGAGCGAAAGCUGUACGAGGCCGUUGCCGAGGCCGCCUCAGACGCCGGUGACGACGAGCUGUCAUACGAAUAUGUCCUCAAGGCUGUCCGAACCUUUGACGACGAGGACAACAAGACGGAGGAGGCUCAACGCCUGACCCUGCGCGCCCUCAAGGCCGCCCUUCUCUCCCCCACCCACUACGACUUCUCAGACCUGCUCGGCGUCCCCGCCGUCUCGGCUCUGCAAGAAACCCAACCCGUCUACUACGACCUCCUGAUGGUCUUCGCCGAGAAGGACCUCGAGGACUACAAGCAGUUCGAUGAGGAGCACGAGGGCUGGAUCGAGAAGGAGAAGCUGGACGCCGACAAGCUGUUCCGCAAGAUGCGCCUCCUCACCUUCGCCUCGCUGGCUGCCGCCGAGAGCAAGAGCCGCGAGAUCCCCUACGCCAAGAUCUCGGCCGCCCUUCAGAUCCCCGACGAGGAGAUCGAGAUGUGGACCAUCGACAUCAUCCGCGCCGGCCUGGUCGAGGGCAAGCUUUCGCAACGCCAGAAGGUCUUCCUGGUCCACCGUGCCUGGUACCGCGUCUUCGGCGAGAAGCAGUGGCGCGAGCUGAGCGACAGAGUCGACGGCUGGACGUCGACGCUCAAGGACGUUGCCGCUGCCCUGCGACGCGAGCAGGCCGCCGUCGAGUCCGCGAGGAAGCGGGAGCAGGAGGAGCUGGAGCGCAAGCUCGCCGGCGCCGGUAUUGAGGACAGACCCCAGCGCGGGGGCCGAAGAGGAGGCGCCGGUGGUGCCGGCGGCGACAGACCGCCGCCCAAGCCCCGGACUGACGAUGACGACUAA